AUGAAGCUUCCGGCAGUACUGGAGGAGCGGCGUGCAGCAGCGACCGACCGGUCGACGUUGUCGAACUACGAGGACUUUGCGGUGCGGCACACGAAUCUGGAGCUGGAGGUUGCGUUCGAUGAGCGGCAAAUCCGCGCGGAGGUGUGCUACGACCUGGAACAGACGGGCAAGGGGGUGGCGGAGGUGCACCUGGACACGUCCUAUGUGCAGCUGGAGUGCAUUCUGGUGGAUGGGAAACGGGUGCCGUGGGAACUGCGCGAGCGGCAGGAGCCCCUGGGGUCGCAGCUGGUGAUCACGCCAGAGGGCGGGCUACCCGCGCGAUUCCAGCUGACGUGUCGGAGCGUGACGACGGCACGGAGCACGGCAGUACAGUGGCUAGGCGGCGCGCAGACGGCGGGCAAGCCGUACGUGUACACGCAGCUGGAGUCUGUGCACGCGCGGUCGCUGGUGCCGUGCUUCGACACGCCUGCGUGCAAGUCGCCGUUCACUGUGCGCGUGCGGUCGCCGCUGCGCGCGGUGGUGGCGGGCCAGGAGCAGCCGGGCAGCGGGAAGGACGGCGUGUAUGUGUUCGAGCAGCCCGUGCCGAUUCCGAUCUAUCUGCUGGGGCUGGCGGCGGGCGACAUUGCGUGCGCGCCGCUGGGGCCGCGCUCGAACGUGUACUGCGAGCCUGCGCUGCUGGAGGCCGCCGCGGGCGAGUUUGGAGGCGAGAUCGAGCGUUUCCUUGAUGCCGCGGAGGAGCUCUUGCCAAGGUAUAUCUGGGGCAACUACAACCUGCUUGUAUGCCCUUCGUCAUACCCGUACGGUGGGAUGGAGGUUGCUGGCACCUCGUUUAUCUCGCCCUCUGUGAUCGCGUACGAUCGCUCGAACAACGAUCUGAUCGUGCAUGAGAUGGCGCACUCGUGGUCCGGUAAUCUGAUCACGAACGCGAACUGGGGGCACUUCUGGCUGAACGAGGGGUGGACGGUGUACCUAGAGCGCCGCAUCACCGGCGCGCUCCACGGCGAAGAUACUCGCCAGUUCAGCUCGCUGUUGGGCAUGGCGGAGCUGGAGGUGGCCAUUCGCGCUUCGAACGGGGCCUCUUUCGCUUUGGUCGAGGAUGUUUCCGAGUCCGUAAACCCCGACAAUGUUGUGUCCCUGGCCGCGUACGAAAAGGGCUCUGCGCUACUUCUUCACUUGGAACGGGAGCUCGGUGGAACGGCCGCCUUUGAUCCCUUCAUUAAGCACUAUUUUGGCAAGUUUGGAGGACAAUCGCUCACGACCUGGCAGUUCCUGGAUAUCCUGUUCGACUUUUUUGCAGACAAGCGCGAGAAGCUCGAGAGGAUUGACUGGAAGACCUGGCUGUUUGCACCUGGAAUGCCGCCCAAAUUGACGUACUCGACCUCCCUCGCUGAUGAUGUGUACGACCUAGCCGAACAAUGGCUUGAAAAGGCCGUACAACUACGUUUGCCGGAGGAGUUCGCAGCUGAGUUUUCUGGCUCUGUCCUCGCUGCCUUCACCACGGCCCAGCAGAUUCUCUUCCUGAACACGAUCAUCCAGGGCGGCGUCUCACCCGACAACACCUUUGAUUGGACACAGCACCCGGUUGCUGCUGCCGCGUUGCUCUCCGUGUACGCCGACACCCUUGGAAAAUCACGCAAUCAGGAGAUCAUAUACAGGCGCUACAACUUCCAGCUAACUGCUGGCAUGGAAGAUGCCUAUCCCGAGAUCACCACGUGGCUCGGGAGCACCGGCCGCAUGAAGCAUGUGCGCCCCAUUUACCGCCGUCUGGCUUCGAUCGACAAGGCUCUCGCAGCGUCUACAUUCCAAGAACACAGAGAAAAGUACCACCCGAUAUGUAGGGCCGCGAUCCAGGCCGAUCUUGGCCUCUCAUAG